AUGAACAGCCUGCGGUCGUCAUCCCUGCCAGGGGCCAGGCUACGACACAACCCCAUCCACAGCCUAUCCCUCCGCUACCUUCUUAUUGUGCCCAUCCUAUUGGCCAUAGCAACCGCCGUUGUCCUCUUCCAACACUCGGAUACCAACAUCUAUAUGCUCUACUCACAAUGCCAUGCCCGUUCCCGCAUCCCGUGGCUCAGUCAUAUUCCUCUGCUCGGAACUCCAUCCUGCUUUCUUGUCUCCUUCUUUGGUGAAGCCGCGGCUUCUCUCCGCAGCUCGGUCAUUCUCUCCGUCAUCUUUUCCUUCCUCGCCGGCCUCCUUACUGUGUCGACUGUCGAGGCAGCCAGGAUAUGCAAUGCCCCUUCGAUCUUGAUCGCCUACCCAACUGGCUUGUGGCUCAUCUUCGACCUCAUCGGUGGCGCCUUUGUUUGGGAGCUCAUCAUCAUCCCGGCCUUCUUCCAUCGCAGCCGCGCAAUCAUCACGUCCCGUCGCCAGGACCUUCCUACUUCUGACGUUCCCUCAUCCGAUCCGACAUUUAGUGAAGCCAUGCGCCACCUGACCAAGACCUCCGAGACCAUUGCCAUCCCCUUUGCCGUGGCCUUUGGCUUUAUUGCGCCAUCCAUUCUGAUGCUGGCCCACACAAGCCCGGUGACGGUUCUCAUCUGGCUGUUGUUCCCGCUUUGGACAACGUUUCUUAGACAGUCGGCCCGCAAGCUCACCACACUGUCUCUGGUCAAGUUGAACGAGUCUUGGCAGGAAACUCUGCACCUCGAAUCCAGCACUUUGGGUAUGGUACGAGUCUACCUUCUUCCCAUCCUGUGCUCGGUCGCCUCCCACAUAUUUUUGCUGUGGACCCUGUCCCAGCCAGACGAUAGGAAAGAAAUGACGCGGUCGACGCUAAAGUUCAUUACCAUCGACACUUUUUUUGUCGGGUUGACGGUCCUGUACUGGAUCUUGGUUGAGGCCGGGUGGAGGGUGGCCGCUAUGAUGGUGUUCACCUCGGUAGUACUUGGCCCUGGCGCGGGUGUUUGCCUGGGAUGGGUCUAUCGGGAAGCGACACUCAAUCUUGCAGGCGCUUCUGGGAGCGGAGUGACGGUUGUGGCGGUUGGUGCCGGCCCCGGGAGGAGAGAAGAAGGGAGUGAGCCAGGUGAAGGGACACCCCUCCUUCGUUAA